AUGACCGUCGUUGAUCGAGAACGACGCGAGACCAACACGUCCUUUUGUGAUAGAAGUAGACAAGUUUCGAGCGUUCAGACGAUCAGUUGCUUCUCUAUGCUUUUCACUCUUUCUUUUUCUUUCGGUCAUCUUUUAUUGUUUCUUGUGAUGUCUUUUUGUUGCUAUUUCAAGCUUUGAGAAUCCAAUUUUUAGUUAUUUCGCAAUCUAGAUUUUAUCGUUGUAAAAUUUUAUAUAUCUAGUCUGAUAGAAGAUUUUGGUUUGUAGGGCCAGUGUGGAGCCACGCGAGACGCGUUCCGUAUUCUGUGUCCGUAGCAGAAGCGCAAAUGAGUGUAUCCGCCGUCAAUAUCUCCACUCAGGUCACUUUUCUUUGGCGCUUCUAUUACUAUAUACCUUAUCAACAAUGAGAAAAAUACGAAAAAAAAACAAAACAAAACAAAACUUCUCGUCUAUUGAUCUAUAGCAGUUUUGAAGUUUUGAACCAUUCAUUUUAAGCCUCGAAAAGAGCCCCGCCGAUCGUCCGAUCACUAUGGUAAUGUGAUAUUUCGCGUCCAUCGAUUCUCUUCCGGCCCUUUGCGCUUUAAAAACUCUUUUUCUCUUUUUCUGCUGCACACUUUCUCUUUGAUUUUUCAAAAUCAUUCUGACCGUAAGGUUGAAGACCAUUUUUAGUAUUGUAUAAAUCAGAUUUUUCAUGAAAAAAUGAGAAAUCUCGCCUAGUUUCAAUCUUUUUGCCUGCAGUACAUAGGAAAAAUAAAGCUUUUGUUUCAUUAAUGAAAAGUGGGUUCAAUGAUUGUUAAAAAUUGCUUUCUCAUUUUUUCUUUUUUUUUUCAAAUCGAUUGUUCAGAACGUGAACUCCGUGCAGCAAGACGACGAUCGCAGUAGAUCAAAUCCCACGACGAAAAAGCCCGCCAAUCGACCCGCGAUGCAAAUUUAUCGUCCGCCAGGUGAAUCUUUCAUUUAGUCUUUGGUAGAAAGGUCUAGUAGACUAGCCGAGAGAUAAAAGGAGAAUUUUGUAGGUCUCUUCUAAAUCAGCUCGCAGUAGGACUUCAGAAGGAGACCAAGUUUUUUAGAUGUAGUUUUUUACUCCGUCGCCAGAUCUAGUCUCAAAGUCUAAAAUUGCCCUCAAAGAGGGGUUUCGAUAUAUUUCGUUCUAAAAGCUGUAUGUUUUACUCCACACUUUAAAAACUAGUUAGUAAGUUAUUUUUUGUAGUGAAAACUGCUGAAUCCGUUUCUGCAUCGGAAAGUGAAAGUUUUUGAGGAAAAAAUUAAGCUAACUAAGCUCGAAAUAAUAAGAGGGAGAAGGAGGUGUGCCUAAAGAAUAGGGUUUUUUGUAAAGUGUUCUUUAAUUCACAAGAAGCUUUUAAACUUCAAACUCACCGUUUUAUUUCGAAGAGCAAGGAAUUUCCAAAAAGCUGAUAAUUUUCAAUUUCAAGAAGUUGAAUAAUCAGGGCCGCUGGAUAUUGAAGUAGACUUAUGUUGGUAGUUGAGACGGAAAAAUGAAGACAUGGACAGUUGCAGGACUUCGUUCCGACGGAACCGCUUCCUCCUCCGGGGGAACGGCGACGAACGCGAAACCGAAACAAGCAGCCGGCGAAAAGCUGCUCGACAAGAACCAUCGUCACGAAAAAGAAGGUGCCACGCCGUCCAGACAUCAACCCGUCAACCUAGGUGGUUCAGAGAACAACAACAAGUGCAGGAGCGAAGCAGACUCGACGAGUUCGAGGACGAGCUCCCGCGCUUCUCACGCCGAAGAACGGCCGGCCACGCUAAUCCGCACUGAGAGCUCACUGAGCUCCGAGAGCACACCUUCGCAGGUCCUACCUUUGCUUUUGAUGUGAAACGGUUCGUUUUUUAGAAAUCGUUCGGCUCAAACUCAAACAAGGCGAGCGGUCAACACAACGGAACAGGCGGCGCAGAGAGGAAGAAGCCGCAGCAAUUCACCCGCAAAGAAGUCAAGGUUUUCUUUGACUAUUUUUCGAUUUUCUCUUUUGACUUUACAAUCUGAAACCAAAGUGGGAAUUCUAAAUAAGGUUUAAACAUGGGAAGGAUCAAGAUACGCCUCAGCUUUUUACAGCUUUCAUUUGGACUUACCCAUUAGUAGGAAAUAUUCAUAGAUUUGUUUUCUGAAUAUUUUUACCCUUCAAUCUCAAUGUGAAGUCAUUCCAAAAAAAGUUUCUUUUUUUUUCUAAGCGGAAACUUUUGACUUGGUUGGUCCUAACAAUCUCGUAAGUUUCAGCAGAAAUUUUCGAAGUUCGAAGCUAAUUGAUCUUUUUAUUUAUAUUCUAUAACUUAUUUAUAGAAAGCCUACUUUUGGAUAAAAUGAUUGGAAAAAUGUUUGAAACAAAAAAAAAACCGUUUCUUCCUUAUUCUUUGAAAAAAAGCAAAUUAACCUUGAAAACCACAGCUUCAAACUUUUAGUAUUUUUUUCUUUUUUUUCAUGUUCCUUUAUCCACGGAAAGCUGCAUUUCGAACCGAAAAGCAUGAGAUCUUCCUAACAAUGGAAACACAGGCUUUAUUUAAUGCUUCAAAAAAUUAUCCGCAAAAAUUCAGAAAAAGGCAAUGGGCGAGCGCGAAAUCGAAGAUGCGAUCGCCGGCCUGCGAGCCUUGCAGCUCACAUCCCACGCCCAACACAUUGAAAACUGGAUCGGCGGUGAGAAGAUCCGAGAAAUUUGGCUCUGAAAGUUCAUCUACAGGGGCGUUCUGCAACGAGGAGCUCGCAGAGACGAUCGGAAGCGCGCUCUGUCGACACGCGAUCGAAGGCGGCGGCCGAGGUGUCGCCAAACUCUGUGCUCUCUUCAAAGACUCGCCUUCUAUCCAGGCUUUCACCAAGGUUCUCCAGAUUCUUCAUAUUUAUGAACACUUCUUCAUCCUUUUAGGGGCACCUGAUUGCGAUAUCGCAGUACUUUGAAUGUCGCGAUAAAAUCCGCACUGAUCACUUCCGAAUGUGGAUUUCCUUUGUGAAUUUUCUGACCGACGUUUACGGCAACCUCGGCGGCGGACCUGACGGUGAGAUUAGAUCAUUCGAAGAGUUGAUCAUGCUGUUCUGUGACAGGCGAGUUGGCAAGCAUUGUCUUCCAAGUUUUCAACUUCCUUCUACGACCGCCGAUCCUGGAGACCCUCAAAAUCGAAGAGGUACGAUCAAAUUAAGCUGAAAUUUAUUUUAAAGGAGAAAAAUCCACUGAGAAAUUCCGAUUUCAGUUGGAGUCCCUCAUAUCCACUCUUCUCACCGUCGGCUACGAUUUGGAGCGAGAAUGCCCAGAUCAGUUGUCCUUGCUUAAAGAUUUGAUCCGGUGAGUGCGUGAGUUCACAUUCUUUUCUAUCUUCCCUUCAGAGACGCCUUCAUCGACGUGAGCGAGCCUUGGGCCAGGAAAAUGAUCCUUCUUUUGCUCGAACUCGGAGCCUCAGGCUGGAAGCUGCCGCCAGAGGCCAACGAGUACUACUUCCAACAGACUUCCACUUGA